AUAUUCAAAUAACGGUUGAUGCCGGUCCUGUGUUGGUCUCUACAUAAGGGCUCAUACUGACAGCUUAUAAAAGCUACCCGUCGUGAUUAUAUAUUCAUAGUGCCCUGUAAAGUCAAAGGUGUUAGUGUGUCUAAAAGUUCUAGUGUUCAUCAUGAUUGUUUCAAGGCAGAUCGUUAUUUAUGCAGCAAUGCUCUUCAUGUUCUUGAAUACGGUGUCGGCAUUUUUCUGGAGUUCAGGAGAAACGACCCAAAACCCCUAUUAUAUCUACCAACGUAGGAUGCCACCCUCCUACAAUGUGCCAUACAGUGAACCAUCUCUACCAGCGGUACCAAUGCAAGUACCCCUGCAAGCCCAACUCUCUCCUCAACCUUCAGUUCAGAAUGUUCAACUGGUACCAUGUUUAUGUCCCAUUCAAACUGAUUUCGAGCAGAUCAAGCCAGAGAACUACUAUCUAACUCCUCCAGUGCAGCAUGCACCACUUCCUAGCAACGUGAACCAAGUUAAAAAUGUGCAGAAUUGAGGAAGACCAUCAGACCAUAUCAUCAGAACGAGACUGUCAAUUAUUAUUACAUGAGUUUCCUGACCAUUAGUAUAAUCCAUGGGUUUUAUUGUUUCGAUGAGACUUUCUCCUAUAAGGAAACCGUUCCAUGGCUACCGUAUAUGCCUUGUUAGCUCAAUGAUCGCAUAUUUUGCAUAAUUGUACAGAUUUUAUUAUUUAUUUAUUUAACGAAAUGUUGGUGUUCAUAAGAGACUGAUUACAAUUGAAAAUUUAGGAUGUUCAA